GAAACUGCAGCAGCAUCUGAGAGAGCUGACAGCAUGAAGGUCCUCCUGCUGCUAGCAAUGGUGAUCUUGGCCCUAGGCCCAAUACAGAUCCAGGGGAGCAUUGCAGAUUUCUGGAAAAUGAUCCUGCUGAAGACGGGGAAAAGAGCGGAGAGUAGCUAUGCCUUCUACGGCUGCCACUGUGGUGUGGGUGGCAGAGGAUCCCCCAAGGAUGCCACAGACCGGUGCUGUGUUGCUCACGACUGUUGCUACUACCGUCUGGAGAAACGUGGAUGUGGCACAAAAUUUCUGAGCUACAAGUUCUCCUACCGAGGGGGCAAAAUCACUUGUGCUGCAGACCAGAACUCCUGUAGGAAACAGCUGUGCCAGUGUGAUAAAGCCGCUGCUGAAUGUUUUGCCCGGAACCGGAAAAGCUACAGUUUAAAGUAUCAAUUCUACUCCAACAAGUUUUGCAGUGGGAAGUCACCCAAAUGCUGAGAGAGCCACAUUCCAGGGUACCUCAACACAGGCCUCUUCUAACACCUUUCCCAGCUGAAUCAAGUUUCCCAGAGAUUAGGAAAACACCCCUCUCCCACCCUAGAGCAAGGUGGGGGCCCUUCUGUCUUCACCCAGAAUGAGGCCCAAAGCCCGCUGAGUCAGACUGAUCUUUGCCCAACACCUCAUACCAUGAACCAACAAAUUUCCUUCCACCUUCCCCUUCACAUCCAACUUCCUGCCUUGUACUACCUAAGAGAGUCCUGGG